UGUGGCAGGUGUACCGCGCCAGCAUGCUGAGGGCGUACCGCAAGGCGCUGGACGAGGGGCGCUUCUCCUUCAUCAUCGGUGCACCCCUCGCCCUCCCUCCCGCCCCACCAUGCCUGCUCUGCUCUGCCUUCCUCUCCCUGCCUCCUUUCGCCCCCUUACCCACCACUUGCACUCGCCCCUCUCCCUUGCAUCCGCCUCUUCUCCCUCUGUCCGUGCCACUCCCCCUCUCUUCAUUACAUGCUGUCUCAAUGUCUCAUUCUUUCCCCAACCGCCCUCCUCCCUUCCCUUAUCCACCACCGCAUUCCCCUGCUCUUCCCAGUAGAGAGCCCUCAUCUGCUUCUUGUGCAUGUCUCUCGCCCCUCUGCCCCAUUGCGCCUGAUAGUCUCCCCUGAAUGUGUGCCGUGUGCAAGGGUUGCCAUUUGGGAAAGCAUUUCACAAUUCCAGUGCUGUUUGCCCUCCAUCCGCCGUGCUCUCAGCAUGCUGGUCACUUGGACGUGUUAGUGCGUCGCACAGCUUGUGCGUCAGAUACACUCAUGAACAACAAGCACGCCGCGGCGAACGAGUAUGGUGCAUGUGAUGCAGAUGGGCCACCGCACUCAUAACACCACAUUCUACCAUGUAACACCAUAUGCACAUUCACAUGGCAUGGCAUCGCAUCGCAUCAUGCCGUCGUCUCGCUAUCCAGUGGAGGACCGCAACGUCCGUGUUUCGCAGUUCGAGCCAUUUUGGAAAGCCGGCAAGGUAGCCAUUUCCUCCCCCCAUGCCAUGCCAUGCCAUGCCGUCUCACGCUCCCAUGCCAUGCCAUGCCAUGCCAUGUCAUGCCAUGCCAUGCCAUUUCAAUGCCAUUUUAUCUUCAAUGCCAUCCAUGUUAACAUUCGCCCCCUUUUCCUAACUGCACCCCUUAUGCCAUGGUUUUCUGUAGCAUGAAUGAUUCCUGUAAUUCAUUGCUUGUACCAUUUAUGUGACUGUACCAUGUUUGUGACUGUACCCUGCUUGUGGCUGCCCCCUGCUUGUGGCUCUACCCUGCUUGUGGCUGCCCCCUGCUUGUGGCUCUACCCUGCUUGUGGCUGUACCCUGCUUUUGGCUGUACCCUGCUUGUGGCUCUACCCUGCUUGUGGCUGUACCCUGCUUGUGGCUGUACCCUGCUUGUGGCUGUACCCUGCUUGUGGCUGUACCCUGCUUGUGGCUGUACCCUGCUUGUGGCUGUACCCUGCUUCUGGCUGUACCCUGUUUGUGGCUGUACCCUGUUUGUGGCUGUACCCUGUUUGUGGCUGUACCCUGUUUGUGGCUGUACCCUGUUCGUGGCUGUACCCUGUUUGUGACUGUACCUUGCUUGUGGCUGUACCUGCGUGUGGCAUGCCGUUGUGGUGCCAUGGUGCUGAGGCCCAUUGCGCCAGAGGUUGAGGAUGGGGUGGGGACUCACAUCUUCCUCUCUCUGCUCCCCUGCAUGCCCCUCAGUGCGCCGGGUUCGAGGUGUAUGUGGUGCAGCCGGCCGCGUCCAGCCACCCCACGCUGUGUGCGGGGCGCAACACGCACGGGUUCACCUUGCAGCAGGUGCAGGCCAUGGCAGAGCAGUGGGAGGGCCUGCCGCCGCACAUGCUGCUGCUCGAUGUCAAAUCACUGUUCCAUGAAGACACUCUUGACGAUGCAUCCAUCACAGAGGUGGAGAUGGAUGCGGAGGAUGACGAGCUGCACAUGGUGCAGGAGGAGGCAGCCACGGCGGCAGCAGCAGAGGAGGAGAGGCACAGGCAGCAGCAGCAGCAAAAGCAGCAGGAUGGGGGGGCAGGAGUGGCGGGCAGGGAUGGGGACAGUGCAGAGGGACGGUGGGCAGGCAAAGAUGCUGGCAAUGGUGGCGGUGUGAAGAGAGGGCGGGAGCCGGAUACUGGGUCUAGUGCUGCUGGUGCUGAUGCCGACAGUGACGAGGAGGAUGACGACGACGAUGAUGAUGAUGAUGAUGAUGAUGAUGAUGAUGAUGAUGAUGAUGAUGAUGGUGAUGGUGGUGGUGGUGGCGCCUUGGCAGGCCUCCUGGCAGCAUAUGGCAGUCAGAAGAAGCAGAAGAAGCAGGGGGCUGCACAGGGUGCAGCAGUGGGUGGCAGCAAGAGUGGGAUUGCGGUGCGCAGCAUUCUCAAGAGUUCAGACAGCGGUGGCAAGAAGAAGACUCUUCGAUGGGUGGACAGCCAGCCGCACUCUCAGGACCCGUGCUUCACCAUGGGUGCAGCCGGGCCCCCUCCCUCUGCCGCGCUCAGCAUUGGCCCUGGUGCCGGCUACUCCCUGGCGACCAACCCCAUACGGGAAGAGGUGGAGGUGGUUGGUGGAGCGGCGGGUGGGGCGGGGGGCGGGUUCCAGAUAGUGGCGGACCACGCGGCACAGCAGGUGCUGUGGCGGCAGCAGCUGCGCGCAGAGGGCGAGCAGUUCAGAGCCAUCAUGCGCUCCAGACUGGCACGGGGGCUCCGAGAUGAUGAGGACUGAUGCUGUAAUUCACAUGAUGUUUGUUGGUAACAAUUCACUUUCACUGCAUUGGCUUGGCACCUCAGGGAUUGGGCUAUGCGCAUUAUUUGAUUUUUGUG